AUGUGGGAAGUCACUGCUAAUGGUGAAGUUGACGUAGACGACCAGAGCAAAGAAGAUUUAGAUGUAAGCAAUCUUUUUAGUAUAGUUAAUGCUUUUUAUUUUAUUUUGCGUUCUUUAUUUUGUUUAUGUGUUAGUUGCUGAUUUCCCAUCUCCUGUUUGACUUUUUACCGGAAAAUGUCACUUCAUUUGCGGCGCACGGAGGGAAUUGCACAAAUAUUAAAUAUGCGUUGUUGACCAAACGUCAGAUGGCUGGAUGUUGGCCAAGAAUUUUGUGUUUUGAUUAACCAAGACGAAGUUGUGGUCAUUAAAUACGCAGAAAACCUCGGCCAAUAUACAGCAUCUUGUCCGAACAAGCGUUAUCGAAAAAGGAAUUAUUAUAUGGCCAAAAAAGUAACUUUCUCUUGCGGGGCCAACGCGGGAAAUCCCCAGCGGGCAACACGGGCCCAUCUUAUCCACUCGGGUAGCCAAUCAGAACGCAGGAUUCGCUUUAUUUUCCCGCUCACAGACUCAACCACACAAUAGUAGGUGCCGUGACUACAUGAUUUAAGCGAAGGCCUGCCCGAGAUUACUUUCUGUGGUACUGUUUUUAUUUGUAUGUACGUAAAGAACUUUAAUGAGCAAAGUUAAGGUCAGUUGUUUACUUACAAACUGAAUAACAAAUGAUGCUUGACAAAUAUUUAAACUUGCUCGACGUGCCAAUCCGGCACAAUUAAAAAAUAUGAUCAGAACAACAAGCAAAUCACAAAAUCAGUCAAUGUUUACAAGGGAAAUGUCGAGUAUUUUCUCUUCCCCUACUCCAAAUUCACUUAUCAUUUAAAUAAGUGAAAUGAUAUUGUGUUGUCGUUAACCCUGUAUCCUUUAUUGGCCUUUUUCACUGUUCAAAGUUUGCUCAAUGAAUCCAUCAACAAACGGUCAACAAUAGCUCUAAUUCACCAGGAGUAAAAUUGAGACAAAUAUUUGGAUUCUGAAUUUGAAAAGCAAGCAGACAAUAGUAUUUCCCCUCUAUGGGCUAUUCCUGGCGUGCUAAUGUGCGGGUCGUUAUGAAUAAUAAAGACUUUUUUUGACGUAGAAUCAUCACUCUUCUUGUUCGAAGCAAUGUUUUCAUAUUCAAAAUAAUAUAAUCAGUAUAAUGGCUGCCCUCUGGAAAAUUCAAAGCGAUAACAGACGAUUUUCUCGUAACCUUGGAAAUAAUUACUGUCCGGUCCCUGAUUUGUGCUAUAGUGGAGGCUAAAUAAAACAACAAUUUUACUAGCGCAACCUCAAAGUGUUUCUUCUCUUAUUGCUGACUCGACCCUUUUUUUGUAAAUGAAAAGACAAAACAUAAGAAUUUUCUUUAAUUAAUUCAAGGGAACGAAUACCUUUCUACUGGAAAACAAACGCACUAUACUAUAAAUUUGGAAUUGAACAUUAAAAAUUCCUUUUGUUUAUUAUUUUGUAAUGUUACCACAUAUCGUAUGGCAUAUCUACCGAUAUGUAAAUAUUUCAGACAGUGGUUUACAUUCAAAUUUUAGAGCCUUCGUCAUUUUAUUCGCUCCAAUCUUGGUUUUCCGAUAGAGUAGUUAGUUAGUUCGUCCGUUCGUUCUUGUACUCAAAGUUAUUGGCCAUUAAAUAUAUGUCCAGCAAGAUUCCCGCUGCUCCACAAAUGACGAUUUAAAGGUAACACAUCGCCAAAGUGCAGGUUGUUCAUCUACCGUUGCUGCUCGAAUUGAAAUUUGUAAAUGUUGGUUUUUAAGGAGAGGGGAAAAACCAGAGUACCCGGAGAAAAACCUCUCGGAGCAAAGGAGAGAGCCAACAACAAAACUCAACCCACAUAUGGCACUGACACCGGGAUUGAAGCCCAGGCCAUAUUGGUGGGAAGCGACUGCUCUCUUCACUGCGCCACCAUAGCUCCGAGCCUUACAUACCAUCAGGGGCACCCAACGACGGUUUCCUCCUACAUACAUUGAAAACACUUUUUAGCCUAUCCAGAGUACUUUCAGAUCUCUAGAAAUGCGUUCUAAGCGGGGCUAUAAAAUUUGUAUCUGCUCGGCCUAGGGGAACUUGAAUCGUUUCGAAAUUUCAAGGGUUUGAGUAUUAUUUUCCGGAAAAUCUUAGAUGCAAUUUGACGUAUUACGAAAGUGAGACAUUUUCUAAUUCCUCUCUCCAUCACAUUUUUGAAUCCGAAAAUUUUAGUUUUCCUUUUUCCUACGAAAAAUAGCUUAACUUGGGAAGUGAAAUGUGAAAAUUAAACGUUAGAAAAUCGUAGGGGAUUUAUAAGAUAAGUUUCGAAAAUUGUGCAUGAAAUUGAAGGGUCAUUUAGAUAUUUUUAGCCGUCCUCAAGAACUAGAAAAUUGUAGGCAAUAUUUGCUUCUCCGAACAGAUACUUUACAGAGAACAGUCGUUGGGUACCCCUGAUACCAUGCUAUUUUUUUGUUCUAAGCGCUCUUUCCUCCCUCUUCCUUCCUCAAAGAAAGAAUCAUGCGGCAAUGUUGAUGACGCAAUGACCCUAUUCAAUUUCUUGACCUGGUAGGGGUUGGUCACUCUCAGUGACCAAUCAUGAGCAGUCAAAAACAAGCUUUCCACUUGUAGCAAUCACGUGACUUUUUUAAUGGAGGUGGAACAAUCAUCUGAGGUUCUAAGACAGGAAACUAAGUAGAGCUUCAAAGACAUGCAGGCCUAAUUUAUAAUGAAGUUAACUAAAAUUUUCAUUAAACACAGUUAACAACAAGGAGCGCGGGCGUGGUUAGCGGUCAGUCGUUUGGCUCAAGCGCAGUCAGUCUUGCUUACGUUACCUCUAUGUGUUCAGCACAGCGUUUUCCUGGCGGCCAAUCUCUUCGUUUAGCCUUCUUUUAGUUGUUUUUAAAAGCUUUUCACCUCUUGAAAACGGUUCAGGUCUUUUAGUCAACCCUAAAACCGUGACAUCUAGACAUUGUUAGAUUAACAAUUUCAUUCAUCAACCAUAUAUUGUCUCCAUCGCCCGCCAACAAUAUUAAGCUCACUGAUUAUCACUUACGAUAUUUUGAGGUCUUAUUUUUCUGCCUGUAGAUCUUACCAGUAAUGGAGUGGGAACAUCAUUUUCAAACAUUUUUUGAGCCAUUUCGGAUAAAAACCGUUGAGAAAAUCAAGCGCACAACCAGAGCUCAAAGAAUUCAACGACUUCAAGAAGCGAACUACAAUCCAUUCUUGUUGAACUCGGAAGAUAUAACCAUAGACUUGCUAACGGAUUCGGGAACUGGUGCGAUGAGUUCUGACCAAUGGGCUGUCAUGAUGAAAGGCGAUGAAUCGUACGCUGGUUCUCCCAGCUACCGGAAGUUUGAGCAAGUUGUCAAAGACAUUUGUGGCUUCCGGCACGUGAUUCCUACGCACCAAGGCCGGGCUGCUGAGCGCAUUUUGUUUCAGUGCAGUAUUGGGAAAGGUGAUGUGGUGCCCAGCAACGCGCAUUUUGACACCACACAAGCUAAUGUUCUAAAACAUGGAGGCAAGCCUGUGAAUCUUCCAAUUCCAGAGGCAAUGGAACAAAACAAGAAGGCUCUUUUUAAGGGGAACAUCGACCUUAGCAAACUGAAAGAGUUAUUGUCAGAGGAACAGAAAGGUAGGGUCUCUAUGGUGAUGAUCACUGUAACUAACAACGCCGUUGGUGGAGAACCAGUCAGUAUGGAAAAUAUCAAACUGGUUUCCAAGCUCUGUCAACAACAUGGAGUCCCAUUGUUCCUGGACGCGUGCCGUUUCGCGGAGAACGCGUGGUUUAUUAAAGCACGCGAGGAGGGCUACGCGCAUCGAACGCCCCUGCAAAUUGCGCGCGAGAUGUUCUCGUACGCUGACGGCUGUACCAUGUCUGCGAAAAAAGACGGUCUCGUAAAUAUCGGUGGAUUCCUUGCAAUGAACAACGAAGAACUCGCGGAUAAGUGCCGCAGGGAACUUGUCAUAUCCGAGGGGUUUCUAACCUAUGGAGGACUCGCCGGAAGAGACCUUGAGGCCAUGGCUGUUGGAUUUCGCGAGGUGCUUAACGAGGACUAUCUCAGAUACCAAGUGGGUUUUGUCAAAUUGCUGGCAGAUAUGUUGAAAGAUCGCAACAUCCCCGUGUUGACUCCCCCUGGGGGACAUGCAGUUUACAUCGAUGCUGCCGCAAUGUUAUCUCACAUCCCUAAAGAACAGUUUCCUGCUUGGGCCUUGGGAUGUGCGCUUUAUGUGGAAGGUAUGAUAUUAUCUAUACACUAAAAGGACGAAGGAUAGUUCGUCUAGACGCAUAAUGCGUCUUGUGCCCGACUUUAUACUCGUGACGUAUAACAAGACAAACUACAAAUGUUUGCCCAAGUUCGCUCAGACGGAUAAUGGGGCUUUAGUAUAAAAACGGCCAUUUGGUGGGUCGGUGGGUCCAAGAAAAGAAAAAAUAACGGUCAUCAUGGGAAGGCUAUCUGUGCGUCCGUGGGCGCAUGCGUAUAAAAAACUACGAAAAAAUGUCGAUGGUUAGUAAAAACAGAAACAAAACUGAAGAUCAAAGCAACAUCCAUACGCCAGAUAAGCAAUUUUAAAAAGGGAGCCAUCGACUGUGUAGAAAUAAUUGUUCAAAACAAAAUUCAGCGUAUUUUCUCGUUUUUGCAACAUGCGAAGGCUUUAUAAUAAUUAACUGCUGCUUUCAGACCACGAUCCUACCCCUUAACGGAAGUUUAUUACCUCACCAUGAAUGGCAAUGUAAAUCAAGUCACCUGCGUCAAGACGAUUUGAGAGAAAGGGUGCAGAGGAUUCAGAAAAGUGUGCGCACCUCUUGAAAACUCCUAGUUACACUCUGGUUAAAAAGGAUUGCGGGAAAAUCCCGCUUAAAAAAGGGAAUAUUAUUUUUUUGGGAAAGAAAAUUAACAUACUAAGCUAUGUUUGUUUUCAAACGAGCCCUAUGAUCCUAAGAUAUUAUUUGAAAUGUAAACUAAUAGAUUGGUUAAGAAGCCUUUUAAAUUCCAUGUAUAUUUAUAAGAAGGUCUUUUCGUCAUAGGCGGAAUUCGUUGUGGUGAGUUAGGUGGGGUGAUGCAUGGGAAAGAUCCUGAAUUACCAGAGGAUGGCAACGAAUUUGAAGCAGACAGGGCGGAACUUCUCCGUCUUGCUAUUCCACGCCGGACAUAUACAGAAUCACACAUGAAGUAAGUAUCAGAUUUAAUCGUUUUAAUUCGAGAAUUCGAGAAGAUUUUAAAAGAUUUCAUCUAUUUUCGUUAUCUACGAGUUUGAAACCUACAAAUGGGUGAAAAAGGGCUGUUUAUGACAAAAUCAACGCCAUAUUUCAAGUCGUACCUUCUUUCUCUUGUUUCCCAGUAAUACUUUUAUGACUAUUUUCAUAACUGUUUAUUUAAUCCGUAAUCGUCCAUCCAUGCGUUACUCAUCAAAACCCCUACCAAUGCUCGCCUUUAACCUCCUUGGAACUUUGGACAAAGAAGCUUUAGGGGUUUUAUGUUUUCAUGGACACGUGUCAAGGCGUUUUCACUGCACAGUUUAUUUUCAGAACAAUUUUGGUGUGAAUUAAGAAAAUAGUCUCACAGACCAGUCUGCAAAACGUACAGACCUGAAAAUAGUACAUAGCAUUGGCGCUGCGAGCUAUGGGCUCUAGGGAUAACUCGAUUGAUAUCUAAACGGUUGAUCACUUUAUAGAUAUGUCGCUGAAGUCUUGGAGUAUGUUAAUACUAAGAAGAAGAUGGUCAGCGGAUAUAAGAUCACGUGGGCGCCUGCUGUAUUACGUCACUUCAGUGCUCAUCUAGAGCCCCUUCCCAUUCCCGUUCAGGAGGAAAAGGAUGACGAAAUUGACGAAAUCGAGGACUUUGCACCACGCAUGCGUGGUAUGUCCUUCCGUCGACCAUCAUAUCAGUUCGUAUAG